CGUGAGCAGGGCGACGGCCUUACCUCCAGCCGCUGGGACGGUGGCGCCAAGAAGGCAGGUCUUACGUGCAAUAGAAAGUAUCUGUGGGGAUGGCACAUACAGGAGUGUCUUCUUCCUCUGCCACUGACAUCUGGCUUCUGGAAUGUGAGAUAAGGAAGGCAGUGCAGCCAGAAUCCACAGACUUCAACACCAAAAGGAAAAAGAAAGUGGCAGAGAUCCACCAGGCCCUGAACAGUGAUCCUAUUGAUGUGGCUGCCCUCAGACGCAUGGCUAUUAGUGAAGGAGGACUCCUAACUGAUGAGAUCAGACAGAAAGUGUGGCCCAAGCUCCUCAAUGUCAACACCAGUGACCCCCCACCUGCACCAGGAAAGGACCUACGGCAGGUGAGCAAGGACUACCAACAAGUGCUGCUGGACGUCAGGCGGUCCCUACGGCGCUUCCCCCCUGGCAUGCCAGAUGAACAGAGGGAAGGGCUCCAGGAAGAGCUCAUCGAUAUCAUCCUCUUCAUUUUGGAGCGGAACCCUCAGCUGCACUACUACCAGGGCUACCAUGACAUCGUAGUUACAUUUCUGCUGGUGGUAGGCGAGAAGCUGGCAACAUCCCUGGUAGAAAAAUUAUCUACCCACCACCUCAGGGAUUUCAUGGAUUCCACAAUGGACAACACCAAGCACAUAUUAAACUACCUGAUGCCCAUCAUUGACCAGGUGAAUCCAGAACUCCAUGACUUCAUGCAAAGUGCUGAAGUGGGGACCAUCUUUGCCCUCAGCUGGCUCAUCACCUGGUUUGGGCACGUCCUGUCUGACUUCAGGCAUGUGGUGCGGUUAUAUGACUUCUUCCUGGCCUGUCAUCCGCUGAUGCCCAUUUACUUUGCAGCCGUGAUCGUGUUGUACCGUGAGCAGGAAGUCCUGGACUGUGACUGUGACAUGGCCUCAGUCCACCACCUGUUGUCCCAGAUCCCUCAGGACUUGCCCUAUGAGACACUGAUCAGCAGGGCAGGGGAUCUCUUCGUUCAGUUUCCCCCUUCUGAGCUCACACGAGAGGCAGCUGCCCAGCAACAGGCUGAGAGAACGGCAGCCUCUACCUUCAAAGACUUUGAGCUGGCAUCAGCCCAGCAGAGGCCAGACAUGGUGCUUCGGCAGCGGUUUCGGGGACUUCUGCGGCCAGAGGCUCAAACAAAGGAUGUCCUGACCAAACCGAGGACCAACCGCUUUGUGAAACUGGCAGUGAUGGGGCUCACAGUGGCACUCGGAGCAGCUGCAUUGGCAGUGGUGAAGAGUGCCCUGGAGUGGGCCCCGAAGUUCCAGCUGCAGCUGUUCCCCUAAAUUCAGCCACAGGGGCCCCUUCUGCUCAGUCAGGGCUUGCCCUUCCGUGGAAGGACUGAGAGGGAGGAAUUUCCUUGAUUAAAAGGGUUUCGUUUAAGGGUAUUCUCUUUCUGCCACCCUUUCGUGCCUGUCUGUUGGC